AUGGGCAAGUACGCAGACGACCCGCAAUGGGCAGACAUCGCCCCGCUGCCCACCGACGAGGGCGGUCCCAACCCGCUCGCGGCCAUUGCAUACAGCGACGAGUAUGGCGAAACCAUGUCCUACCUGCGCGCCGUCAUGGCUGCGAACGAGUACUCCGAGCGCGUGCUGGCCCUCACCGAGGACCUCAUCGACAUGAACCCCGCUCACUACACCGUCUGGCUCUACCGCGCGCAGACACUCUUCGCCCUCGACAAAGACCUCAACAUUGAGCUCCAAUGGCUGAGCGAGACGGCCCUGCAACACCAAAAGAACUAUCAGAUCUGGCACCACCGCAACUUGAUCGUCGAUCGCCUGGGACAGGUGGAGGGCGAGGCCGAGUUCGUGGAGAGCAUGUUCGAUCUCGAUGCGAAGAACUACCACGUCUGGAGCUAUCGACAAUGGCUGGUGAAGCGCUUUGGGCUGUGGGAGAGCGGAGAGCUAGACUUCACGGAGCGUAUGAUGGCUAAGGACAUCCGCAACAACAGCGCUUGGAACCAUCGCUGGUACAUCGUCAACGGGCGCGAAGAGGACGGUGUCAAAGGCGUGACAGACCCAACAAUCGCUGCACGGGAGCUCGAACUCGCCAAGAAAGCCAUAGCCAAGGCGCCGCAGAACCAGAGUCCCUGGAGCUAUCUGCGAGGCAUCAUCAAGAAAACGGGACAGUCGUUGAAGGAGUGGAUAGGCUUUGCAGAGCAGUAUGCAGACGUGAGCCAGCCGGCAGGUAUUCGCUCCAGCCAUGCGCUGCAUCUUCUUGCAGAUGCUUUGGCUGAAGAGGAGGCUACCAAACAGCAGGCGAGCGAUGCAUUGGACCUACUCAGCAAGACGUAUGAUCCGAUCAGGAAGAACUACUGGGAGUACAGAAAGGGCCUGCUUGGCCUGCCAGCCACUAGCGCAGCAGCUGUCGCCUAA